GUGGGAGCGCAUGAGCAAGCAAGCCGGCUCAUUAGCAGGCGGGCGCCCGAGCAAGUAGAUAGGCGCGCGUCCGCGGCGGGGCGGCUGCGAGUGCGCGGCCAUGUGCGCCUAGCGCUUGCCGCCCUGGGUCGCGGGGCCGCGGCUCCAGCCGGGCAAAGUGAAUAGAGCAUCGGAGAUGCUACACCAGGCUCCUAUGUAAGGAAAAGAUUGUCAUCGUUCGCCAUGGCAUAUGGCUUGCCAAGAAGGAACACAGUGCAAACCAUUUUGAAGGGCAGCUGUUAUAAAGUACAGGAACCGUGGGACCUUGCAGAGCUCACAAAGACCUGGUACACAAACUUAGCGAACAUCAAGUUGCCGUUCUUGGGAGAAAUUACAUUCUGUAGUCCCAUAAAGCUCGCGGCAUGCAAAACUGUCAAGGAAGGCCUGCUCCCUUCAGCACAAACCAUCAAAGUAGAGAACGAGUAUGAAAUGAAGCGCCUAACCAAGCUGAAGCAACAGGAGAAGGCUCGUGAGGAGGUCCAGGUUGCACUAAGGCAGCAGAGAGUCGGCUUGAGAACGCCGCUUCAACCCAAGUGACCCCUUGUGCUGCUGAGUCUGAGCCUGUUUCCGGCGUCCAUGGGGAUGGAGGUCUCCAAUUCUUGCACGGUGUCAAGGAGACACAGAGGUGCCCAUGGAUGACUGGGCCAGUGUUUCUAGGCAUGGCGUGGUAGACAUUGACGGAGCUCCUGGCUUCCUGCCGCUCUCUUGUUCUUUGUGUCACAUACAGCAGCCCUCCCUGUAAGUAGAUGCACACGCACCUGGAGUUGAGUCGUUUUGUGUUUCUCAUUUCAUGCUUAUAAGAUGGCGUGGAGGACAGUCCUCGUGAGACGCAGCACUCUGAAGAAACACUGCGUCUUUGAGAUCCCAAGGAGAGUUCUCAGAAAGGCGGUGAGAGAGAAGUUCUCUUAAAAAGGAGAAACUGCACAUUUUCGUCUGGUUAAGAAAAUGGUAGAUUACAUUUCAGUAACUCCACAGCUGUCACUCUUUGGUAAAGUGUCACUUAUUAUACCCAUGCAGCACUUUAUUUUUUAACGCUUUAUCAUGUGGCCCUUUAAAGAGAGACUUACUCUGUUUUUUGUUAUCCUGAAAAAAUUGUCAAGCCACUUUCCUUUCAGCUAAUGAUCUUUUUACAAUGGACCUGGAGCAGGUGUUGUGUGUGCACAUGCUCCUGAAAGGGUCAUGAAGGGACAAAGAAGGCUUUAUUGUGAGGAAAAUUCAUGUUUGCAGAGUGAGGAAUUAACUGGAAAGAACUGAACUUGUAUGUUUUCUAGAAUUUACAUACAAUAAAACAUAUUUGGAUAAUAA